AUGAAAUUCUUCCUCGUGUCUUGCCUCGUUGCCGGCGCUUGUGCCCGUGGUUUUGGAGGCUUCGGCUCUUCUGAGGAGCAAGGAGGCUUCGGAGGAGGUCGUGGAGGAAAGGUUCCGCUCCAGAACCCCUUCCCCUUCCUCAAGGAGGUCAACAACCAAAGCUGCGUUCAGAGCUUCUUCGCAACUGCCUACUCGAAGAAUCUGACGCUCACUCAAAUCGAGACCGAGUUGACUAGCUGGGCUUCAUCUUGCGGCGUUAGCACCCAAUACCAAGAGUUCGUCACCAAGAUGCAAGCCUUCGAGGAUGAGCUGAAGCAGAACAUCACCACUCUGGCUACGGAUUUGCCCAAUGUCCUUCAACAGAUCGAGACCAUCGUCAGCAACAAGGACCAGACCGCUGAGCAGCUCGAGGAGGCCAUCAAGGAGUUCAUCAACACGACCCUCGCCAAGGAGCCAGCUCAAAUGGGCCCUGUUCUUCUCGCCGUCUUCGGACUUGGAGGAAUUGGUGGACGUCAGGGUGGACAUGGAAUGGGACGUGGUGGAUUCGGUGGACAAGGCCAUGGACACUUCGGAGGCCAACAGGGUGGAUUCGGAAACCAGAACGGUGGAUUCGGAGGACAGCAGGGAGGAUUCCAGAACGGCGGCCAAGGAUCUUUCGGUGGCCAGGGACGUGGAUCUUUCGGAGGACAGGGACAAGGACAGGGACAACAGAUCUUCGGCCAGCAGGGAAACAACGGAUUCGGAUUC